GAAUGGAUUCGGAUCGCUGCCCAAAACGUCCGAGAAAAUCUGAAACAGAUUACCGAUCGGAAGAAGAUUCUGAAAAGGAGGAUGAUAAAGCUAAUGAAGAAAAACCACAGUGGUUUCCGUCGUUGAAAAGAACAUCAAAAGAAAAAAGAAUGGAGAAGCUAUUCACAAAUGAACAAAGUCGAUCCAUUUUCCAAUUUUUUCUGAACAUAAUUCGAAACAAAGGUCAUAUUGCUAAAUGGCCAAUUAAUUUCAGUGAUGCUGCAGUAUGGAUACGGUGCCGACAGUUUAUUGGUGUUCAGAAGGAUAUUGAAUGUUAUCGGAAUCACUUCAAAUUCGCUCUAAUCAAACUUCACCUAAUUCCAUACGUCACUCUACAAGAAAAAGCUGAUCUCUACUUUGCACUGGACCUACAUGUCGACAAAUCCAUCCGCCAGGAGCUCAUCGACACGUAUCAAGUGGAAAUCAAUAAAUACGGUUAUCUGACGGGAUGCUCGAAUUUCGAACACUGGAUUCCCGUUUUGCUCCAGAAUUCUAGUGCUCCGAAAUCUCGUCUUUCUACAGCACCUCAUCGACGAAAUUAUACUCCAUUCUGGGAAUUUGAAGAUGGAUUAAUGUGGAAAUUUGUAUUAGAUGAUAUUAAUUCGGGAAUUUAUAGAGGAAAAUAUUUAUUCGAUGCAUGGGAAGUGUUUAAGAAUAUGAAUGCAAGGAUUAAUCGAUCUUCGGAUACUUAUGAGACAAGAUUCCAUCGAAUUCUUCUUCCGAAUCUCCAUAUUAUGCCAUUCCACGUUGCCACAAAAGCUGCAAUCUACCAACAUCUCGAUGAAAGAGUUCCAGAAGAUUUUUGGGCGGUACUUCAACGCGAAACCGGUGUAAAACUCGACGACGAAGGUCUUAUCGUUGAAUUCUCGAAUCGCCCUCUCCAUUUUAGCCUUCAAUCCGAACCACUCGAUAAUAUCCCAGAACAACCACCAAUUGACAAUGAACCAACGCUGAUGAAUCCAAUCACUGGAAUUGGUCCAUUUACAACAGAAGAGGACAAGAUGAUUUGGAAGUUCAUAUUAGUGAUGUUACGUGGAAACAAUGAGAUAACGAAGAGAAUUAAGGCGAAUUUUCGGGGAUUUGUGAUUUGGAAGCAUUUUGUGAAGGUACUUCACAGCAAAAGGGAGUGGAGUAGCUUGAGAAAUCAUUUCGUGAACAACCUGGCAGGAAACAUUAUGUCGACCGAUUUUGAUCUGAAAACCAAGCUGGAGCUCUACUUUGGAUUAUCCAUUCCACCAUCCAUUGACGCAAUUUCAGCAUUCCACUCAAUCACGACUAAAUUGAUCACAAAAGAAGGCGUUAUUCAAUACGCUGUUGGAUCGGAUUUCGAGUUUGGACAGAAGGAAAAGGGAGGACAUGUUUCAGAUGAGGAUUAUGUGCCAAAUAACCGACAAAUCCCUCAGCAGACGACCUCAUCUAGAAGUCUACGUAAUUCCGCUGAAAAAGACGUUCCACAUUCUGAUUGGUUUCAUAAAGUUAAUGAUAGUGAUUCGAUGAGGGAAGAUGCUGAUUUAAGUAGCAAUAGUGUUAAAUAUCCUUAUCAACCUCCACCUGGAAAUAGUUCCUACCAACAUCGUGGCCUUCUACGAACAUUGGGAUUUGGUUUGACACGAAACGAUUUGCCGGGACCAUCUCCACCAAUUUCCACUUCCCGUCGAUCACGUGGUAGACCACGAAAGUCUGCUCCAGAAGCUCAUGUUGCUCCGAUCACUGAGAAGCUUGAAGAGCUGCUCCCUGUAGAAAAUGAGCCGAUAGAGAUCAAACAGGAGAUAAUCGAUUAUGAUGAUGUUCCAGUACUUGAGACAAAGCCUGAGAAGAUCCCAGAAAUCGAAGCGCCGUACUUUCCACAAGAAUCGUCAUCACCAGCGCCAAACAGAUCAAGCGUUCCGUAUUUCCCGCGAAUUUCGCCGUCCACAGAAUCCCUAAAUUUCGUUGAAAAAUGGGAAGAAACACAAGAAUCCGAACGCCUUCGUCGUCGUGAAUGGGAUUUCGAUGAAGAAAUUGAUGAGGAACAGAAUGAUAUUAUAGAUCCACGAUUGGAUAAUGCAUUUCAAGAUAUUGAAGAAAGUAUUCGACAAUUUAAUUGUCGAUUGAAAAAUGUUUCACGUGAUUUGGGAGAUAAUCAACAUGCGGCCUGCUUUGAUCGAGUUUCGGCAUUGACGAAGAUGUUCCGUGCAACAACUAGAGACGCAUUGGCGAGAAAAUAAAAGGAAUUUUGUUUUAUGUUUUUUUAUUCGCAUUUUUUUGUUAAUUGUUGAAACAUUUUGCUGGGUUUUAAGAUCUUAUGAAGAUUUUACGAGUUGUUA